AACCUUUUUGUCAACCACAACAAAAACCUGUUUUACAAGUUUUAGACAACUUGCUCUUAAUAGUAUAUGUUUCAAUACAAACAAUACGAAUAUGCACGACGAAAACAUUACAAAGAUGGAUAAUUUGAGACCUCAUCAAAGCGAACUACACCAUCUUGCUGAAUUAGCUGGAGUUCAUAUGGAUUCCAAAAUAUUCAGGAUGCUCGUGGAACUCCUCAACAUGGGUUAUGAUCCUGAUAUUAUCUAUAAUUUAUUGAAAACAAUCAAAAGGUCAAGGAACAGCAAACCUAGAGUUUCAGCCUCUCAUAAAUUAAAAAAUACAGAUGAUAGAUGAAUAUAAAUUGUUUGUGUGAUUUAUGUAAAAGACAUUGGGUAACAUUUACCUUGUAAAAAUGACAAAAAUUGCAUUUAUUUAUUUAAAAAUAGUUAAUAUAUUAGUUAUAUAUGUAGAUAUAGAGAUAUACAUGUUUAGAAUAAUGCCCAAAUUAUUACAAUGGCCAAGUUGUUGAUUCUUUUUUAUAAUGAUCAUAUAAUAUGGUUUUUGAAUAUAA